AUGUCUGCAACAUCUGUAAACCCUAACAAUUGGCACUGGACUAGCAAGGAUUGCCGGAUCUGGACUCGGGAAUACCUUGACAAUGAACUUACCAAGGUUUCAGUAGAUGAAGGUGCCAAGAAGGCAGCCGUUACACGAGUCAUAAGCUGUGAAGGUGAUGUGGAUGUUGCUAUGCGUAAACGUAAGGUCAUCACAAUCUAUGAUUUGAAGAUCCAAAUUGAAUUCAAUGGUGAAGUCGAUGGUACAGAAGCCUCUGGUUCCAUCACUUGCCCCGAGGUUUCCUAUGAUUUAGGUCCUUCUGAUUACGUUCUUGAAACGGAUUUGUAUGAAGCUUCCAAAGAAAAGGAACCCGUCAAGCAGUUUGUUCGCGAAAAGUUACAUCCCAAAAUUCGUGAAUUCUUUGGUAACUUGUCCCAAGUUUUGUUGGAAAACCAUGGUAAUGAUGUUUACUUGUCAACAGAAGAACACAAUGGUAAUGCUGCUCGUGGCCUCCCUAGCCAUAGCAGCCUUACUUCUCAGCAAACAGUCGGCAAGACUUCCACCAACACACCUAGCAAAGUUGCUACUUCCCUCCCUACCAGUUCUGGUUCGGAUGGUACCCAUGCCUCUGCAACUGUGAAUACCUCUGACAUCUCUGAAAAUUUCAGCUUUGAUGCUCCCGCUGAUGAGCUUUACGCUACCUUUUUGGAUCCUGCACGUGUUGCCGCUUGGUCUCGUGCUCCUCCUCAGCUUGAUGUUCGUCCUCAAGGACCCUUUUCCCUUUUCCAUGGCAAUGUCGUCGGACGUUUUCUUGUCCUUGAACAAAAUAAACGUAUUGUUCAGACCUGGCGUUUAAGUGCUUGGCCCACUGGCCACUAUGCUGAAAUCAGCUUCAGUUUUGAUCAAGCCGAUACUUACACUACAUUGCGUAUGGUCAUGAAGGGAGUACCAAUUGGUGAAGAAGAGACCGUUCAAAACAAUAUCCAAAAUUACUACAUCCGUCCCAUUAAAACUAUCUUUGGUUUCGGCGCUGUCCUUUAA